AUGCGGCGCAGGGAGACGCGGCGCGCGGGGGAGCACCAGGCGUUGGCGUUCGCCAGUCCUGGCCGUUGGCUGAGCGGGACCUCUGAGCAGGUCGGUGGGCACCAGGCUCGCUCAGAGGCCAGGCCUGUCGGGGCACAGCAGGAGGGAUCGGACAGGCGGUGAGAAGUUAAGAACUCCCACGCAAAGAUGGCUGACAAAGGCAAAAAGGGCAAAGCAGCAGACCCUGUGCCCGAAGACGCGCCCCCUCCGGGGGACCCCAAACCCGAAGACAAAGAUCAGAAGCCCAAGAAAAAGGAAAAGUCGGUGCAGCCCCAGGAUGAGGUGGGCACGAGGAAGGGCUGUCGCCGCUACAAGUGGGAAUUCAAGGACAGCAAUAAAGAGUUCUGGGUUAUGGGGCACGCUGAGGUCAAGCUCCUGAGCUUGGGCUGCCUCAUAGCUGCAAUGGUUAUGUUCACCGGCUCCACCGUGCAUCCUCUCCUGACACUCAUCAUCACCAUGGAGUUGUCCGUCUUCUGCUUCUUCUUCAUUAUCUACACCUUCGCCAUCAACAGAUACAUGCCCUUCAUCCUGUGGCCCAUUUCUGACCUUCUCAAUGACCUGUUCGCCUGCAUCUUCCUUGUGGGGGCCAUUGUCAUCGGGGUGAAAAGCCGGACGAGCAUGCCAACGCCCUACUUAAUUGCUGUGAUCCUCAUCGGUGUGGCUGGACUUUUCGCUUUAAUUGACAUAUGUCUUCAAAGAAAACAUUUCAAAGGCAAGAAAGUCAAAAGGAAUGUGCUGAUUCCCCCUCCACCAAGGGAAAAGCCAAAGGAACCAGAAAAGCCACCGGAAAAGGCAGGAGAAAAGCCCCCGGAAAAGGCACCAGAAAAGGCCAAGGAUAAAGGAAAGGGAGGCAAGAAAUGAUGGCAAAGAGACCCCCAUUGUCAAAGCGAUAGCGUGUUUUACCACAAAACAUAUGUCCACUGUCUAUCUUGUCUUCUCUCCAGAAUGGUUUUCCUUUCCAUCCUAAUAAUCACCUUUGCUUGGAAAAGAAAUUCCUCUUUAAAUGGAUUUCAAAGCUUAAAGUUGAUGUAAACAUUAUUUUGUUCAACAAAAGUUUUAGUGCAGAGGUCAAGGCCAGGCCUUGGGCUCUUGGGGUACCUGCAGGGCACAUGAGCUUUGGGGGACCACCAGUGUGGGUGAUACCGGCUGUCAACUGAUCAGCCUGAAGGGCCAGAGGAAAACAAGAGACUACAAAAGAAAAUGAACAUUUUGUUCAUAUGGCUAUUUUUAUCCCCCACGCUUUUUU